ACUUUAAAGGGAAACUUCCACAAUGUCCGGAGCCCUGGAUGUCUUGCAGAUGAAGGAAGAGGAUGUCCUCAAAUUCCUCGCUGCAGGAAUCCAUUUGGGUGGCACUAAUUUGGACUUCCAGAUGGAACAGUACAUCUACAAAAGGAAGAGUGAUGGCAUCUACAUCAUUAAUUUGAAGAGAACUUGGGAAAAGCUUCUGCUCGCCGCUCCUGCCAUUGUUGCCAUUGAAAACCCUGCUGAUGUUAGUGUUAAUUCAUCCAGGAACACUGGCCAGCGAGCUGUUCUGAAAUUUGCUGCUGCCACUGGCGCUACACCUAUUGCUGGACGUUUCACUCCCGGCACCUUCACUAACCAGAUUCAGGAAGCUUUCCGGGAACCUCGUCUCUUGGUGGUCACUGAUCCUCGGGCAGAUCACCAGCCUCUGACUGAAGCAUCAUAUGUUAACCUCCCAACCAUUGCAUUGUGCAACACAGAUUCUCCACUUCGCUAUGUGGACAUUGCCAUUCCAUGCAACAACAAGGGAGCUCACUCUGUGGGUCUGAUGUGGUGGAUGCUGGCCCGUGAAGUCCUACGUAUGCGUGGUACCAUCUCCCGUGAACACCCGUGGGAAGUGAUGCCUGAUCUUUACUUCUACAGGGAUCCAGAGGAAAUUGAGAAGGUGCCAUCUGUGCCCAUUCAGCAGUUACCUACUGAAGACUGGAGUGCUCAGCCUGCUACCGAGGACUGGUCUGCGGCUCCUACUGCUCAGGCCGCUGAGUGGGUAGGGACUACCACAGAGUGGUCCUAA